GUUCAUUAUCAUUUUUGGCAUGGAACUUUAAACAAGCCCAAGUUUGUGAUGGACGAGGUGCUGCGCCGCCACUUCGCACUGGUAGACGCAAGCUUCUGCUUCGUGGCGAAGCGCCGCGCAACACCCACCGUACGCAGCGUGCUACGCGUGGCCAACAGCUUCGGUAUCUCGCAGCUCACGCGCCAGAGUCUUUUGGAAUUAGCCACCAUCGCCCCAGACCUCCUAGUCUUAGAGCGUCCUACAGCAAGCACCCAGUCUCGAUCAGAUGAUGUUUUCAGUCCGACGCCAGAAAACGAAGAGGAUCUUGAAGUCGUGACAUUCCCUAGGGCACCGCAAACCAGUCAACGAGCAAGCACCAAGAGAAAAGGUUUAUUCGACGCGGCUUUGAAAGCAAAAAAUAACGAGGUGGGAAGCCAAAAGCAAGCCAAGCAGCUUCAGGUCUCUACUGGCAACAGUGAUAGUGAAAAAUCCUCUACUACUCCCACAAAACCCACAAAUAUCGUUCCGAACGAGCAGGCUCCAUUUCAAAAUGAUUGGGGGUCGUCAGUGCUGACGAUGCUACAGCAAAUGGAUAUAUACAAGAACCAGAUAGUUCACGUGGAGCGCCGCAGCGCACGACCAGCACAGUAUCGAGAUCUGGAGCCGUUGCAGUUGUCCAAACAAGUAUGUGAAGCGCUGGAGAAGUGUUACAGCAUUAAGCAGCUGUAUUCACACCAGUUCGAGGCGAUCGAAGCGAUUCGUUGCGGAGAGAACGCUGUGUUGUCUACUGCUACAGCAAGCGGGAAGUCACUCACGUACAAUGUUCCCAUGCUGGAUAUGCUGCUGGAAGACCCCAGUUCUAGGUUCAUGUACUUGUUCCCAACGAAAGCGCUGGCUCAAGAUCAACUGAAGUCGCUCAGGCGGUUUUUGGAGGCUGCAGAUCUCCCUCUUCACGUCGGAUCGACCUUUGUCAGUGUUGUUCUUUAGUUAUGAGCUUUUUGGACUACUCUAGAGCUUCUAACAUUUUUUUCUACUGAUAUGCAGGAUGGAGACACGCCUAUGAAAAGCCGCUCGAUGGUCAUCCGCGAGACGCGGAUAUUCCUCACCAAUCCUGACAUGCUUCACUUGACAAUCCUUCCGCAACAUCGCCAAUGGAAGCAGGUGCUUUCAAACCUCAGAUUUCUAGUUGUUGACGAAGCACACAUGUAUCGCGGUGUAUUUGGGUCACACGUUUCUUGCGUCUUCCGCCGGCUUUUUCGUUUGUGCGCACUUUAUGGUUCAAACCCGCAGGUGGUCUGCUGCUCGGCCACAAUUCAGAACCCAGAAGCGCACUUCCGUCAAUUGAUACCAACUCUUCCACACCAGCCAACGGUAAGUGACCGUGACGAUGACGAUAUAGACAAUGCAGAGGAACACAUGGGGCCACCCAGCUUGCAGUUUUUUCGGCAGAGGCCACUGAGGGUGAUCACUGAGGAUGGCGCUCCAUCCGUAGAAAAACUAUUCUGUAUCUGGAAUCCAGAGGUGGCGAAGACGAGUAAUAGUCUCCAAGUAUCGCCGCCAUCUGCUGAUGCCUCCAAGUCUUCUUCGGCAACUCUCAGAAAACGCAAGCGAAUAGAGGAUACAACGCACACCCAGAAGUCCGAUAAUACAGAGCAGGGCGCUGAGGUCAACUUCAGUACAAGUGCGAUUUAUCAAGGAUCUCGAAUUCUCUCUCGAUUAGUGGAAGCAGAAAUCGCGACGCUGCUAUUCUGCCGAGGCAGGAAACUGACCGAACUGGUGCUUAUGAAUGUCCAUUCAAUUCUAAAAGCUGAUCCCAAGACUCAGAAUCUGCUUCGCCGAGUGAGCUCCUAUCGUGGUGGAUAUACGCUUGAAGCCAGACGACGAAUCGAACAACGGUUGUUUAGCGGAGAUUUGCUUGGUGUGGUGGCAACGAACGCUCUGGAACUUGGUAUCGACAUCGGCGAGUUGGACUGUACGAUACACCUGGGACUUCCAUCCAGCAUUGCGUCUUUGUGGCAACAAGCAGGUCGUGCAGGUCGGCGACAACAGCAGUCCAAGCAAAAGCAAUCCGUCGCAAUUAUCGUGUGUUUUGAUGCACCUUUGGACCAACAUUUUGCACAGAAACGACACGCCAUGGAACUGUUCCAACUGGAACCAGAAGCCGUUAGUUUGAACCCGAUGAACCAACGAAUCCUCGGACAGCACUUGUUGUGUGCUGCUCGCGAGUCCGCUCUUUUUUCUUCUCAAUCUGGAACAGAUUACGUCGACUCAUUCGUAUUCGGAGCCUUGAACAACACAAACAUCACAGAAAAGGGAGAACCGGCGACGUCCGAGGUCAGUAAAGUGCUCUUCCCUCUCUUGAAGGAGAGAAAGCUGGUGAAAUGCCCUGAGAACGGUGGAAACCAAGGCUAUCGUAUCCAUUCAUGCAUGCCGAAAAAGUUCCGUGCUGUGAGUUUGCGCAGUAUUUGCGAUGAAAACUACACGGUAGUGGCUACUAAGAACGAUGCCGCCAAUGACACUAUCGACGGGGAAGUAUUGGACGAAAUUCCAGGAGACAAGGUGUUUUUCCAGGUGUACCCCACAGCUGUAUAUCUUUAUCAAGCGCAAGAGUAUUUAAUAACCCGCUUGGAUAAUAUCCAGCGCAUCGCAUUCGCGAGAAAGUGUAACCAGCCGCUCACAUACUUCACAACUUGUCGUGAUUUCACCGAUUUGGAGGUUGUACGUAUUCACAGCACCACGAAACUUGGACGCAGCAGCGAGAAACCGAAGUGCGAGUCUGCUCUAGUUUGUGUGGGUACUGUCUCCAUUCUAACCCGGGUUAUCGGAUCGACGAUGCUGGAAAAGCGUACGAUGAGAUUCUUAGGAACGAACGACUUCUCCUUGCCACACAUGCAAUCUUUCGGAGAAGCUGUAUGGCUUGAAUUCCCAGUUGCACUACGAAAGCAAGUUGAAGAAAGGGGUGGAAGAUCGUGGACUGCAGCUUUGCAUGGAGUGGGUCACCUCUUUGUGGCCCUCGUUCGUCUGUUCAUACUCUGUGAUGCGGAAGAUGUUGGUACGGAGCACGUGAAUGAGUUCGAGCAGCGCGUUAAACCAAACCGUGUCACGAUCUUCGAGCGACGAGAAGGAGGGAGCGGAUUAGUUCCAGAAAUCGUCAAAGUGCUGCCAAAGGUGCGUGUCAGCAUUUCUCCUAUAUUUUGUAUUCGGCUGCUCAGUGUCGUGUUGAUGAAUCAGUUGAUUGAGAAGGCAUGGGCGAUUGCAAGCGAGUGCUUGUGCUCUGAUGGCUGCCCGGCAUGUAUUCAAUCCUCUGGAUGCUCCGAAUACAAUCACGUGUUGGACAAGCAAGGAAGCCUUCAGGUACUCGAGUAUCUGCACAGUAUAGUUACCACAUAAUACAUCGAACCAGUUACAUUUCCACCAUCUCGCA